UUUUCCUCUAAACAUGUCUUCAAAGGGUAAAAUGGCAGACAAAUCGGUGGUUAAGACCAAAAGGAAGGACAAAGCGAGUAAUCCUAUGAGAGAGGUUCGCAUCCGUAAACUUUGUCUUAACAUUUGUGUCGGCGAAUCGGGUGACAGACUGACCCGGGCUUCAAAAGUGUUGGAACAGCUUACCGGUCAACAGCCGGUCUAUUCAAAGGCUAGAUAUACUGUGCGAUCAUUUGGUAUCAGAAGAAAUGAGAAGAUUGCUGUCCACUGCACAGUCAGAGGAGCCAAGGCUGAGGAGAUCCUCGAAAAGGGUCUUAAGGUUAAAGAAUACGAGUUGAGGAAAGACAACUUUUCCGAUACGGGAAACUUCGGGUUCGGUAUUCAAGAACACAUUGAUUUAGGUAUCAAAUACGACCCGAGUAUUGGUAUCUAUGGUCUGGACUUUUUCGUUGUGUUGGGUCGUCCGGGUUUCAAUGUGGCCCACAGGAGGCAAAAAACUGGACGCGUUGGACACCCGCACCGUUUGACUAAAGACGAUGCCAUCAAAUGGUUUCAACAGAAAUACGACGGCAUUAUUCUUCCGCCGAAAUCUGGAAAAUAAAUAUUUGAAUUGAAAUACUAUUUGUAUUAAAUGAUAACAAUUUUGAUCAAUAAAAAUGUGACCCAAAAAAUGUUUGGCUUUGCUUUUAUAUAAUC